AUGAGUGGGUACUACCGAAAUUCAUCCAACUCUAACUAUCCCAGAGUCAAUACUAGUUUUGAUCCUUUCUCUUCUCCACAGUACUCAGGCUACACCAACUAUCAGAGUGUUCAGCAGUCUGUUGAUGUUUUCGCAGAAACGCAGAAAAGAAGAUCUUCCGGAGAGACAAAUGGAAUAUCUCGAGCAAUUAGAAAUGCUUUGGACCCCGAAUACCAAUGUAUGCAAUCAGCCAUGGAUAUCUUUAAUCCUUCUACUUCUUUUGAUUAUAAUGACGAUGCUUCCAUUCUAGCUGCCGUUUCAUCAGCACAUUCUUCGCAAGAAAUGGAAUUAGAACUACCGUCAACCUCAAUUCAGAAGACUAAAAAGAAUGAGAAAUCAAAAGCAAAAGCUAAUUUUGCACCAAUUUUCAACACAGCUUCAAAAAAAGAUUAUGACGAUCAGACACUGCAAGAAGAUUUUUUAUCGCCAGAUAAGAUUAGAGACUACUACAACAAAACUGGUAAACAACGGCCAAAACAAGUUCGAAUGGAUGAUUUCCUAUUCAAAGCACGUCGUGUUGAUAAAGGAGCAAGAGAAUUUGGGUUGCAUACAACUCAAGAACCAAAAAGAGGAAUAUCAAACUCCACCUCCUUCCAAUCUCCGAAAUGUUCCAUCACUUUUAACGAUCCCAGUGUGUAUACGAGCGAAACAGUUCUAGAAGAUACCAUUUACUCGACUCCAAACAAAACAGUGCUUUCUGAAACAAUUCCUCUCUUCACUCCAAGUCCACAAAGAACUUCACAGAGGAACGGUAAAAAGUCAAAUAUGGUUCAAAGAUCAAUCCUAGAGUGUGUCAAACCAAACCCAAUAAAACGAAAAGAUCCAGAAUAUGAUACACUGCAUAAAGACCGACAACCACUGGUUCAAGCGAAACGGCAAAAGUGUUUAAAUAAUAACAAGAAGCCCGAGUUUGAUUAUUCAUCCUCCCCAAUCACUCUUAAUGACGAUCAGGAAGAUAUCAAUGUACGUCGAAAAUCCCCGGAACGUCCAACCCUGCAAGAAGAAGAAGCUCAGAGAAAAAAGUUUGGAAGAAACGUUUCAGAGCGUGAACAAAUGAUGCGACAACUCGUAGAUCAAAGGUUCAAAAAAGAAAGAGAAAAUGGAGGACUUCAAACGAGGCGAGCAGAAUUGAAAGACGGUGAAGUAAUUAGGAACAAGGAAAUGAGAAAGAAUCUGAUGCAUGGAGCUGCUUGCAAGUGUUGUCGAGGAUAUUACGAUGGAUUAAAUAUGGAAGAGCAAGAGAAAAAGGAUUAUAUCAACAAGAUCAGUCGGCACAGGUACGUGCAUCAACCUCUACCGGAUACUCCGGAACGAUAUUGGGAUUUAACAUUAGGUCGACGGGACGAAGAUGAUCGUGAACCGUUGAUGACUCAGGAACGAAAUUGGGAAGAAGCUGCUAAAAAGAAUGCAUUGAAAUCUGAAAACCAGAAUGGAAUUCACAAUUGGAACUAG